CUGUCGGCCACGUGGGAGGUGGGAGCGGCGAGGCGGGGCGGGCGCGGCUCCACCCUCCAACAGAAGUCACAUGACGAAGGGAGAGGGCAGAGUGGAGCGUCUCGUCUCGUUGGUCUCGUCCUGCUCCACCACAGCGUCGUGACACCCCGACGUUCGCGUGAGGUGACAAGGCAAGCAUAAAGGUGAGCCCCGAGGGGAGAAGACACACGUGAACACUUUAAACCCCAAGAAGGAGUGCCCAAGGGUGUUGUAUUGCGCCGGGGCAGGCAGUGGACUAGAGUGCAGGACGUGACACAUACACAAAUCACUAUAUAGGCCUACCCUGUGGCAGCCAUGUGGUGGAAGGCCCCUGUGGUAAUGGUGCUGGCGCUGUGCUGGGCCGCCCCCGCUAGCACGGCAGAAAUGGGGGAGGAACCGGAUAUCUGCGCCAUGACGGACGUGCUGGUGGCCAUGAAGAAGCUCCUCGUCCUCCUGAGCACAGAGAUCCGUGACCUCCGACAGCAAGUGAAGACGAGCUGCCAGGCCGGUGAUGGCGCUGUGGGGAACGACACCAGCCCCGCUACGACAGCAGAGAGCCUCGAUGGAGAUGAGCCCCUGGCACUGGAGGACACGAAGCCCGAAGAGGCCAACUCCACCGAGCACACGGAUGAUGACGAUGACUUUGGGGUCGACCUCGACGAUACCUUCACUGUGGAGGUUGAGAAGGAGGAGAAAGAGGAGGACUUCAACUAUGAUGACGUGGAGGAAAACCCCGUCAGCGAGGUCAUCACGGGUCUGGCCAACUGGUGGGACAACUUCUCGCCCUUCGCCCCCGAGCCAGCGACCACUCCGGCCUCUCCCACGACCCAACCCGACGAGGAUGAGGACAAGGACAAGGACCAGUACGAAGAGGAAGAGGAGGAUGUAGUGGAUGCUGACGAAGAUGACGACGAUGACCUCGCACUCCCAACACAGAGACCGCUCAGACCGAGGCCCACUACUACGACCACCACCACGACCACACCUCUGCCAUACACGCUACCACCAGCGCCGACCUGGUGUCCCUCGCCCUUCCAGUUGCUGGCUGACGGCUGCUAUCUGGUGGUCCACGACUCUAGGGAGUGGAGGUCAUGGGGCGAGGCCUAUGCUUUCUGCCAGAGCUACCGCGGCGAACUGGCUGCCCCCUGGAGACUACCACAGCUUCAGGAGUACCUAUCCCCCCGCUUCUCCGAUGCCUUCUGGGUGGGUGCCCGCUUCGUGUCAGCUGGCCAGAAGUGGGAGUGGCUCACCGGCAGGAGGGUGGAGCAGGGCGAGUGGAGGCCAAGCCAGCCACACAGGAACCCUGGCAAGAAGUGUGUCUUCCUCGACAAGUGGUCUGGCUAUCGGGCGAACAACUUCUUCUGUGGGGAGAAGUACCCCUUCAUCUGUGAGAGCAAGGCAACUUAGUCUGGCCCGGGUGGCUGCAGCCUGACCGUGGCCACAAACUCUUUGUCAACAGUAUAAUGCUGUUCUGGGGUCAUUCUUUGUCAUUUAAUUUUCUGGAAUAGGUGAAUUAAACUACUGUUAAGGGGUAUGUCUCAAAUGGCAUGAGUAAAAUAUUUUUAUAUUAAGGCAGUAAGAAACUUUUAAGUUUAACUCUUAUUUGCCAACAUUGUUGGAAAUUCCAAAUAAAACAGUAAACCGUA